AUGCAUCGACUUUUUGCUGAGCUGGAGCCAUCUGUAACCGUCACCGAGCAAAACCUGGCAGACCGAGUUCUGUAUAUCUUGCGCUCAAAUACAUUUGAUGUCACCGAACUCGAACGGCUACGACGUGAGGCUGUUCCUUCAUCGGGUGAAAAUGCUGCGGCUGAGGAUGCGGCGCUACAACUUGCUGAGCAAACGGCCGUGAAUACGCCAGUUGUGGUUGAUUCAAACGAUGACGGAACAGUCGCCCAGGAACUGGAACUAGAGCAAAUGAGGAGUACAUUGGAGGAGGCGAUUGUGGAAACGCGCAGUACGCCUCGCGAAAAUCGACCGCGACUUCCCCGCUUAGCCCUAAGCAAGCGGAAUCGGGCUGUCGUGAGGGCUCUGAACCCAAUGCUGGUUACCUAUUUGGAAGCCAGCCGGGACCUUUGCGAAACGGACUCAAUUCUUUUUGGCGCCGCACUGGCAGUCUGCCGUAUUAUAGGCGCCAAACUUUCCACGGCUGGACGCGCUACUGGACAAAGUAGUGCUAUCCCAGCCUGGAGAAUAAGAAUUGAAGAACGUAUCGCAAGGGCUAGGCCGGCAGACUGA